UUCCCGCCUCGAUGCUCCUCCAUAUUAUUAUAUCCCGCUCGGGCACCCGUCACGAGCAUGCGGAAAAGACACUCGGAUGAACUCCCACGAUUCCUGAGGGACUCCUCCUCUUCAUCCAACAACAAUUACAGCCAUGGCCAAUCGCCCCAACAAUGGCCGCGCAGAUACUACAUCUACGUAGCCAUUCUGCUGCUCGUCUGCUGGCUCAUGUACCCUUCCUCAUCCUCGCAUUCUCUGUCCCACGAACACGGCGUGGACAGCUGGAACAACUAUGCAUAUAGUCUGUAUGCGAGUGACAGCGCGACGCUGUGCCAUGCUCUGCUCGUGUUCCACGCUCUCGAGCGGUUCGGGAGCAAGGCCGAGCGCGUGCUGUUCUACCCUGAUUACUGGGACUUGAAGAUUGAUGGGAAAUUGGAUCGGGAUAGCCAGUUGCUGGUGGAGGCGAAACGAAGGUACAAGGUCAAAUUGAAGGCGACCAAGUUGCUUAAUGUGGAGGGGCGCUCUGCAGACGCCUGGUUAAACACGUUCGACAAAUCCGUCACAAAGUUCCUCGCCUUCUCCCUAACGGCCUACAAGCGCGUCAUAGCCCUCGACACAGAUAUAACGCUGCUAGCGCACCUCGACGACCUCUUCCACCUCCCCGCAACGCCCAUGGCGAUGCCGCGCGCAUACUGGUACAAGGCCAAACCGUGGCCCCUAUCCUCCGUCCUCAUGGUCCUCACACCCUCGCUCGCCGAGCUCGCGCGCUUCACUUCGGAGAUGGAUAAAGGUGCCGACGAGGCUCUGGUCGCGGCACACAAGUUUGAUAUGCAGCUUGUGAAUGAUCGGUUUGAGCACAGUGCUAUGGUGAUCCCGCAUCGACCUUAUAUAAUGCUGUCCGGCGAGUUCCGCGCGAAAAACCAUUCUUCAUACCUAGGCAAUACAUUCGAAGAAUGGGAUCCCGCAGCGGCGCUCGCAGAAGCGAGAAUAGUGCAUUUCAGCGACUGGCCGCUUCCCAAGCCCUGGAUUAUGUGGCCGCAUGAGGGCUUAGCAGAGAUGCAGCCCGAUUGCGCUGGGCGAGGGGCGGGUGGGUGUGAGGAUCGCAGGAUAUGGAAGGAAUUGUAUGGGGAUUUUCGAAAGAGAAGGAGGGAUGUUUGUGGGUAUUUAAGUGUGCCGGCGCCGGAUUGGGUCAGUGUCAAGGAUACAGUGCACGGGGACAAUGCGACCGAGGGGACUGGGUAUGCUGCUCCGCAUGUUGAUGAUGUUGAGGGUAAGGCUGGUGGUUCUGCGGACUCAGUAUUAGCGGAGGCGACGAAGAAUGUGGCCGCAGACUUGGGUUAG